GCCGCUGCGCCGCACGCAUGCGCCCUCACCUCGCAGAGCCCCACACUCGGAGCCCAGGGCUAUCGCUCUCCCAGCCUCAACCACAAGGGUCCUGCACUUUCCCCACAUUUCGAUUCUGACUUUGCCUGAAGGCGGAAGUGAGUGGGCGGGAAGGCCUCGCGCCCCUCCCCGGAAGUGGGCGGGGACUCACUGGGCCCCACGUUCGUCCCCGUUGCCUCCCAGUCGGUUUGAGGCUGAGGCCGGUCCUGGCUUUGUAGCCUGCUCAAAAUGGCUGCGCAACCACCCAGCGGGAUCCGCCUCAGCGCGCUUUGCCCGAAGUUUUUACAUACAAAUUCUACUAGUCACACAUGGCCAUUCAGUGCAGUUGCUGAAUUAAUAGAUAAUGCAUACGAUCCUGAUGUGAAUGCUAAACAGAUAUGGAUUGACAAAACAGUGAUAAACGACCAUACAUGCUUGACAUUCACUGAUAAUGGGAAUGGUAUGACUUCAGAUAAACUACAUAAAAUGCUCAGCUUUGGCUUCAGUGACAAAGUCACCAUGAAUGGUCAUGUCCCAGUUGGAUUGUAUGGAAACGGCUUCAAGUCAGGCUCUAUGCGUUUGGGUAAAGAUGCAAUAGUUUUUACCAAAAAUGGAGAAAGCAUGAGUGUGGGCUUCUUGUCUCAGACCUACUUGGAAGUCAUAAAAGCAGAACAUGUUCUUGUCCCAAUAGUGGCAUUCAACAAACACCGACAGAUGAUUAAUUUAGCAGAAUCAAAAGCAAGUCUUGCUGCAAUUCUGGGACAUUCUCUGUUUUCAACGGAACAGAAAUUACUCGCAGAACUUGAUGCUGUUAUGGGUAAGAAAGGGACAAGGAUCAUCAUUUGGAAUCUUAGAAGCUAUAAAAAUGCAACUGAGUUUGAUUUUGAUAAGGAUAAAUAUGACAUCAGAAUUCCUGAAGAUCUAGAUGAGACAACUGGAAAGAAAGGGUACAGGAAGCAAGAAAGGAUGGACCAAAUUGCCCCUGAGAGUGACUAUUCCCUGAGGGCUUAUUGCAGUAUAUUGUAUCUAAAGCCAAGAAUGCAGAUCAUCUUACGUGGACAGAAAGUAAAGACACAGCUAGUUUCGAAGAGUCUUGCUCUCAUUGAACGUGAUGUUUAUCGGCCCAAAUUUUUAACCAAAACGGUAAGAAUUACUUUUGGAUUCAACUGCAGAAAUAAAGAUCAUUAUGGAAUAAUGAUGUAUCACCGAAAUAGACUUAUCAAAGCUUAUGAAAAAGUAGGAUGUCAGUUAAGGGCAAACAACAUGGGAGUUGGAGUAGUGGGAAUUAUAGAAUGUAAUUUCCUAAAGCCAACUCAUAAUAAACAAGAUUUUGACUAUACUAAUGAAUACAGGCUCACAAUAGCAGCACUAGGAGAAAAGCUGAAUGAUUACUGGAAUGAAAUGAAAGUGAAGAAAAAUACAGACUAUUCUCCAAAUUUGCCAGUUGAAGAAAUACAGAAACGUCCUGAUCAGACAUGGGUUCAAUGUGAUUCCUGUCUAAAGUGGCGAAAAUUACCAGAUGGAAUAGAUCAACUUCCAGAAAAAUGGUAUUGCUCCAAUAACUCUGACCCACAGUUCAGAAAUUGUGAUGUUCCAGAAGAACCUGAAGAUGAGGAUUUGGUGCAUCCCACUUAUGAAAAAACCUACAAAAAAAAAGACAAGGAAAAAUUGAGGAUCAGACAACCGGAAAUGAUCCCUCGGAUUAAUGCUGAGCUAUUGUUUAGGACAACGACUGUGUCAAGUCAGAGCUUUUCUCCUGUGAAGGAAAGUGUUCCAAGAGGACACCUUUCAGAAGCAGCAAAUACUUACACAACAAGACUUACAAAUAAUCAUCGAGGUUCACCCCAUUCUGAACCUGAGAGCAACAGCCUCAAACGGAGACUUUCUACUCGUUCCUCAAUUUUGAAUGCAAAGAGCCGGAGGUUCAGCAAUCAAGCAUUUGAAAAUUCAUCUUACAAAGAUGAUGAUGAUGAAGAUGUCAUCAUCUUGGAAGAAAACAGUACCCCCAAGCCUACAGGAGAUCAUGAUGUUGAAGUAAAAUUGGAGCAGAGUCACAUUGAGCAAAGUGGUGCUCAGGUUGAGCCUGUGGCUGAUAAUGAACCUUGUGGUCAGACUAGUUCAACAGGCAUCUCAUCCAGAUGUGAUCAGGGAGCUACCAUGGCUACCCAGACUGAAGUACCAAGUUUCAUUGUUAAAAAGGAAGAAACCAUUGAAGAUGAGAUAGACGCAAGAAAUGAUACAGCAGUACUGCCAUCCUGUGUGGAAGCUGAAGGAAAGACACACGAACCUCAGGAAACCUUUAAUAAAUCUGUGGCUGAUACUGGUUGCCAGUUAAGUGAACUGAGAAAUGAGUUGCUUCUAGUCGCUCAGGAAAAAGAAAAUUAUAAAAGACAGUGUCAUGUGUUUACCGACCAAAUCAAAGUGUUACAACAGAGGAUACUGGAAGUGAACAACAAAUAUGUGAAGAAAGAAACUUGCCAUCAGUCUACUGAAACUGAUGCUGUAUUUUUACUGGGAAGUGUUAAUGGCCAGUCUGAAAGUCCAGACCAUGUGGUGUACCAGUAUCGGCAAGCUUUGGAAGAAAUAGAAAGGCUGAAGAAACAAUGUAGUGCUUUGCAACAUGUAAAGGCUGAAUGCAGUCAGUGUUCCAAUAGUGAGAGUAAAAGUGAAAUGGAUGAAAUGGUGGUGCAGCUUGAUGAUGUAUUUAGACAGCUGGACAAAUGCAGUAUUGAGAGGGACCAGUAUAAAAGUGAGGUUGAAUUACUGGAAAUGGAAAAAUCACAAAUCCGUUCACAGUGUGAAGAACUGAAAAGUGAAAUCGAACAAUUAAAAUCUGCAAGUCAGAAGAUAGGAACAGAUGUUUCAACGUCAAGUAACAUUGAGGAGUCUGUAAAUUACACUGAUGAGGAAAGCCUCAAACUUCGAUCUCUUCGAGUUAACGUAGGACAACUGCUGGCCAUGAUUGUACCUGAUCUCAAUCUUCAGCAAGUGAAUUAUGACGUUGAUGUAGUUGAUGAAAUCUUAGGACAAGUUGUUGAACAAAUGAGUGAAAUCAGUAGUACUUAAAGUAUAUUUUAUAUGAGGUAAUAAGAUACUUGCUCAGUCCUUUGGUUGUAUAGCUUUCAAGUUUAAAAAAUUUUGAUUUUAUAGAUGUGAUAGUUAACAGGCUGAAGAACCAUAAUCUUUACAGUAUUCUAUGCAUCAAGUGUGGCCACAGCAGUGUGGACACGUUAUCACACCUUUUACAAUGCCUAUGAAUCAUUGGUAUUGAACAGCUGGUAGCUAACUCAUGAGUCUGUUUUUGAAAUGUAAAUAUUUGUAAUUAAGUCUGCACAUAUUUUUUUAUUACCCUAGAGGACUUAAAGUGUUUUUUGCCAAGAAUUUUUCAGGGUGACCCUAACCUUUGUGCAAUCUUUUCUGGUUCCCCAAAGUGUAUUUUUCUCUGAAUUGAGUGCUGUGCCAUACAUAAUACAGUGGAAACAUACCUUUGAUUUUCUUAUGCAGAAGUUGAAGCAGGAUUUUUAAAAAAUGGGAUCAGUUCCUGUUAAGAGAAGUUGUAAGUGAAUUGAGCAUUAAUUUUCCUAUAAGUUCUUACCUCCUGAUUAUUCAUGAAAAUAGGUAAGCAGAAACUCCCUCCAUCCAUUUUGCCAGAAUUUUUUUGUGCUGAGAUUGCCAAUCAUGGUUAAACAAGGUGUUUUUAUAGAAAAAAAUGUUCAGUAUAAAAAUGUACCAACAAAUACUAAAUGUCCCACCACAUUUACUUUGAAGCCCAUUUUUGGCUGCUCGUCAGCAUGAAGUGGGCACAAUAAUUGUUUAAUAUUUCUCUUUGUGAAAUUUCCUGUACAGCCUUUUGUAGGAUUACUGCAAGUUAAAGUGAGUGAGGAAGACACUCUUGAACAGUACUGCAUACCUUUUAUUCUGUACAAACCUAAGUGUUCUCUAUCCUGGAGCUAAGCAACAGACUGCCCUAGGAUUAUAGUAUUACAUGCCAUAAAAUUAUGCUUUAUUGGUCCAUGUUUUGUGCAAUUUUAAAGAGAUGCUUUUUAUUAAGUAUAACUGUAUAUAGAAUUAAGAAUCAUUUUCCACAACUAAAAUGUCCAUUAUUUUUUCAAAGUUUUAUCAUUGCUAUUUAUUUAUACUUCUGUUUCUGAACAUUGAAUACAUAUUACUUUUGUAUGUAUGCUCAGUUACAUGUCUGUCAUAGACAAUAUUAAAUUUUUACUGUAUAUUAACUUUUAGAAAAAGCAAAUAAAUGUUUUUAUUUGCUUGAUAAAGGAAUUGAAAGUGUAUUUUUGGUAUGAAGCUGGUUUUCUGUCACAAUUGCAUCUGGCCAAAUUUUAAAACAUCUUGUAAUAAAAUAAAAAAAUAUAUGAUGGCUAACUUCAGAUAUCAAAGAAUUCUAUAUUCAGAUUAUAUUUUGAAAACUAAAGCUGUCCAUUAAGACCCUCAAGUUAAGCUCAUGUCACUGCAUUAAUUACAAGUGACAUUUAGAAGACUAAGACUGUUUUCAUUAAGGCUGAAACUGAGCUCACCUUCAGAGUGUGUGCAUGCAUUCAUGUGUAUGUGGAUUAUACAUGCAAGAAGAAACUUGUUCUUUGUAUAAAUCAUUUAAUUGAAAGGAAUGUUGCCUGAAUGAUAGCAGCUAUGUAGCGCAUGGUGAAGUUUCUGAGUAUGUAGCAGUUCUUUCUGGAUUUUGCUUUUUUUCCCUUCCUUUUGGUCAGCUCUAUUCUUGAAAAAAUAGUUUUUAUAUGGCUAUUACCUGACUUAUGAGGAAAGUUAGGAAUAGUAAAUGAAAUUUGUUUGCUAAAUUGAUUCUUUGGAUGUAAUUUUCAUACUUUAAGAAUAAAUACUACCAAUAUAUGAUU